AUGCCCGUGCCAACACGCAUUUAUGAUUACAGAACAACUGCCGUGACGUGGAAGCAAACCCAUAUCAUUUACCCGGAUGACAUCCUGCUGUCCUUAUGGGAACAAGACCGUGAACUGUGGAAACAAUUGUUGGUUGGGGACACGGAUUUGGCGGGUUUUUGGGAGCGAUGUGGCCGGAGCCACUGGUUUCAGCACCACCCCUGUUACCACGAAGAAAACAAAUCCAAGCUGAUUCCAUUUUCCCUUUAUGGGGACGAAAUCCAGUGCUUCAGAAACACAGAAUCUGGCAGUGUUUCUGUGAUGGCGUGGUCAAGCGACAUGGCCUUUGACAAGCCGCCUUUGCACAGAUACUAUUUGACCGCAGUGUAUGCUGAACAAACUUCAACCGACUACACAUACAAUGAUAUUAUCCGAGCUUUGCUUCCACGCCUCCAAAAGCUUUUUUCAAAUGACGAAUCGUACCCAUGGGUGCGAGAAGGAUGGAAAUUUGCAUUUUCUAGUUGCCAGGGAGACUUGAAGUAUCUGGUCGAGAAGCUCGGCUUCAACAACUACAGAGCAAACAGAUUCUGUAGCCGAUGCCCGUGUUCGAAAACCUCUCCCAACGUGGGCCUAACUUUAGGCGACUUCAGGAUGGACGCGGAGCACACGAAAACACGAUUUCAUCACGAAGAUUACCUGGCAUCAUCAAACCCAGAAGAUCGCUCGCCUGUUUGGGGCAUUCCGGGCAGCCGGAGUGACCGCCUGCUCCAUGACGCUUGUCACGGGCAGCUGCUCGGGACGGGCAAGGCCGCCAACGGGUCUUGUCUAGUGUAUUUGUGCGAACGAUCCGCCUUUUCGCGGUGGCCUCUUGGCGGCGAAUACAAACUCCAGCUUGCAGGAACGCUGCGAUCAGCGUACACGUGUUUCCGAUCCUGGUGCAAGACUCACGGGUUACAGUGCACUCAGCCUCGCUUCACACCAUCACGUGUCAACCGUGCAGUGCGCUCAAGCUUUCCUUCUUUGAACUCCAAAGCUGCGCCAUCCAAAAUGUUGACUAUGUGGCUGACAGAUGUUGCAACGGCGUGGGCCGACAAGCCAACCAGCACGGCGCUGGACCGUGAGGUCGCAGUUUGCAUCCACUCGUAUGCACAAGCCCUUCGAGUCAUGGACACGGAGCCGCUUCUGAUGUCGGCUGAGUCUGCGCAGGCAUAUUGCGACCACGUGCUGCUCCACUUGCAAACAUACGCCUACUUGCACACGCAGAGCUUCAACACUGCUGGUUCCGUGCCGAAUCGCGCCAAUUGGCAGCUGCUGCCAAAGCACCACUUUUUUUUUCACUCCGCCCUCGACGACCUGGCGCGGCUCUUGUGCCUGCAGGCGGGGCUCCGUUCCGCCUGCCGCUUCGCGGCGGUGGCCAGAAGCCCGGGCGGGUGCGUGGCGCGGCUGCUGCCGCGGCUGCGCGCCGAGGCGGUGCCGGCCUUCUACGUGGCCGGGGGGUGCCUGGCCGCUGCGGAGCUGGCGAGCCUGCAGCGCCUGGCCCAGGCGCCUGCCGCCGCUUCCGCGGAUCCAAUCCCCAGCGCGUGGCGCUGGGACCUGCGGUCGCCGAUGCCCACGGAGCGGCGGUGGUGCGCCGGGGCGGCCGUCUUGGGCAAGGUCUACGUGGUCGGCGGCCAGCAGGACGGCCAUGUGUUGGGCACCGCCGAGCGCUUCGACCCGGAGACGAAUUCCUGGGAGGCCCUGCCGGACAUGCCAACCUGCAGGGAGGCGUGUGCGGUGGCAAGCUGCGGUGCCUGUUUGUACGUCUUCGGCGGCUGCCAGCACGAAGUGCCCCUGGCCAUCGCCGAGCGCCUGCAGGUCGCGGAGCCGAGCGCCUGGUGGGAAGGUUUGGAGAACAUGCCGUGCAGCCGGGACGCCUGCGCCGCCGCCGCCCUGAACGGCCGGCUCUAUGUGAUGGGCGGCCGCAGCCAGGGCGCCUUCCUGCGGUCUGCGGACGUGCUGAGUGCCUCGGCGCUCAGCUGGUCGCGGCUGCCUUCGAUGCCCACGGCGCGUCUGGGCUGCUCGGCGGCGGCGGGGAUGCGUUGGGUCUACGUGUGCGGCGGCCACGCGGGCGGGGGGCGGGCCUUGGCCACGGUUGAGCGCUUCGACGUGGCGGACUACUUCUGGGAGGCCGUGGAGGAGAUGCCUUCGGCACGUCUGGGCGCAGUCAGCCUCUGCUGGCAGCGAAAUGCCGAGCUCUGCGUCUACGUCUUUGGGGGCCACAACGGCCACGGCGCCGUGCCGGUGGCGGAGCGCCUGUGCACAGACGGCGACGGCUUCAACUUGCGCUGGGAGGUGCUGCCGGAUAUGGUCACGCCAACCUACGCCUGCGCCGGUGCGGCCAUCGCCUGGUGA